CCAAAAGCGAAUUUCCUUCCCAUUUACAGAGAGAGAAAAAUACUCCCACUCCUAGAGAGAGAGAGAGAGAGAAAUGAUUUGGUUGCAUUUGGAUAUCAUUUGAGUUUCAUCUCGCACUUUCCACCUUCCUCCUAUAUUACACAUCUGCACGUACAAACGCAAAGUUUCCUGCAAAAUUUCUAGAGAGAGAAACAAGGGGGAGAGAGAGAGAGAGAGAUUCACAGAUUCAUACGAAUGGAGACGAGUCUCGUGAGUCAGUAUUAGAAACUGAACGAGAAGAGAAAGAGGAAAAAAACACGAGUCUACGACAUCGUUUCACAGCCCGAUCCAGAUCCAAACCCUAACCCUAACUCUCUAUUCGCUCCCUUAUUCUAGAUCGAUUCGAUCGACGAUCGGCGUACAGAUCGGAGAUAGAGAGGGAUACAUAUAGAGAGAGAGGGAGAGGAGAGAGAGAGAAUGCCUACGCAGGGGGAUCUGGACCGUCAGAUCGAGCACUUGAUGGAGUGCAAGCCGCUGACGGAAGCGGAGGUGAAGACGCUGUGCGAUCAAGCCAGAGCUAUCCUGGUGGAGGAAUGGAAUGUGCAGCCGGUCAAGUGUCCGGUGACGGUGUGCGGCGAUAUUCACGGCCAGUUUUACGAUCUGAUCGAGCUGUUUCGGAUAGGCGGAAACGCGCCCGAUACGAAUUACCUUUUCAUGGGGGAUUAUGUUGAUCGUGGGUACUAUUCAGUGGAGACUGUCACACUUCUAGUGGCUCUGAAAGUUCGAUAUAGGGACAGAAUUACAAUCCUUAGAGGAAAUCAUGAGAGCCGGCAAAUUACCCAAGUGUAUGGUUUCUAUGAUGAAUGCUUGAGGAAGUAUGGAAAUGCCAAUGUCUGGAAGUAUUUUACUGACCUUUUUGAUUAUCUGCCCCUUACAGCACUAAUUGAGAGUCAGAUUUUCUGUUUGCAUGGUGGACUUUCGCCGUCUUUGGAUACGCUAGACAAUAUCCGAGCCUUGGACCGUAUACAGGAGGUUCCACAUGAAGGGCCAAUGUGUGAUCUAUUGUGGUCUGAUCCAGACGAUCGAUGUGGGUGGGGAAUAUCUCCACGUGGAGCUGGUUAUACUUUUGGACAGGACAUAGCGGCUCAGUUCAACCAUACCAAUGGGCUCACUCUCAUCUCAAGAGCCCACCAGCUUGUCAUGGAGGGUUACAAUUGGUGUCAGGAAAAGAAUGUGGUGACAGUCUUUAGUGCUCCUAACUACUGUUACCGAUGUGGGAAUAUGGCUGCCAUACUGGAAAUCGGGGAAAACAUGGAGCAGAAUUUCCUUCAGUUUGAUCCAGCACCUCGACAAAUUGAGCCAGACACUACGCGCAAGACUCCAGAUUAUUUUUUGUGAUCUCUCGAAGCAUCAAUCGGCUGUUAGUAAUUGUUGCUUGCCCUCGUUUCAACGUAGAUGUGUCUUAAGAGAGAAGUUUUUGUUGUUUGAGGGUUUCAUUGUCAACAUCAUUCUUUCGGUUGGAGUUUGCCCUGCUGCUGCUGACUUUGAUUAUGUGCUCAAAGGAACUCGAGACCUAAUCGAAGGCGCCGUGUCUUUGUUUUUAUUUUCCCUUGUAUAUUUUUCGAGAGGAGGAAGCAGCAAUAACGUGGUAUAUUGUGUUCCUGUAAUUUCGCAAUUUAAGGUAGAAAUCAGAUUUUGGCCGCGAGGGAGAUGCAUGGGAUUGGUUUCUUACACCUUGCAACCUGCCGUCUUUAUAGUUUCUGUAAUUGAGAUAUCAAUGUUUCUAAUCUUGCUGUAGAUUGGAAUUUCACUGGGGUGGUGGUGUGCUUAUUUCUAUUGAAAAGGAAGGCGCGUGGUUCGUUUCCCUUCAA